UUUAUGGUCAUGCAUAUGGUGGUGGUUUGCUUAGGGAUAGUUCUGAAAAUUGGAUUCAGGGUUUUCUUAUUAAUUUUGGGUGUGGGCGUUGCUUCAAGGAUUGAGGAUGGCCAUUGCAACGAGAAGCGAAUGGCUCAACAUAUUGGCUAGCAGAUUUUGCUGGGAGCUCAUCAAUUACGGUCUCCUCCUUCGGCUCUGCUUCCUUGCUGGGAGCUCCUGCUUUUGUCCACACAAAGAAAAGCUGCUUCACCCUUUAUAAAUGAACAGCCACCGCAAGUCCCCAGCUCAGCCCAGCCUCCGCACAACCAAACCCCGAGCACCAUGGUAAUCACUUUGCCUUACGCUCACGUCGACUGCAACCUGCGAGCCCUUGCAGGCCAAGCCGAGGGUUUCGGUCGCCAUGCCAUUGGAGGCGUCCGCGGACCCCUUUAUCAUGUCACUUCCUUAUUAGAUGAUGGUCCAGGAUCGCUUAGAGACGGAUGCCGGAGGAAAGAGCCACUAUGGAUUGUCUUUGAAGUGUCAGGCACAAUUCAUCUUAGGUCAUUCUUGAGUGUCUCUUCUUAUAAAACUAUUGAUGGCCGGGGUCAAACAGUAAAACUCACUGGCAAAGGUUUGAGGCUGAAGGAAUGCGAGCACGUUAUCAUAUGCAAUCUAGAGUUGGAAGGGGGAAGGGGAGAUGACGUUGAUGGCAUUCAGAUAAAACCCAAGUCCAAGCACAUUUGGAUAGAUCGUUGUAGCCUUCGUGAUUACGAUGAUGGCUUGAUAGAUAUCACACGAGAAAGCACCGAUAUUACCAUUUCAAGGUGCCGCUUUUCACAGCAUGACAAGACAAUUCUCAUUGGAGGUCAUCCACCCCAGAGCAGUGACAGAUGCAUUCGGGUAACCAUUCACCAUUGUUUUUUUGAUGGGACUCGUCAGCGGCACCCUCGUGUUAGAUUUGCCAAAGUACAUUUAUACAAUAAUUACACGAGGAACUGGGGCAUUUAUGCUGUUUGUGCCAGUGUAGAAUCUCAGAUAUACUCCCAGUGCAACAUUUACGAAGCAGGAGAGAAGAAGGUUGCUUUUAAGUAUCUUACUGAGAAGGCACCUGACAAGGAGAAAGCAGGGACUGGCUACGUUAAGUCUGAAGGAGACUUAUUUACGACUGGAACUCAAGCAGGGUUAAUGUCAGAAAGUGGAGAACACUGUAAGUUUCAUCCCAGUGAGUACUACCCCGAGUGGACGGUGGAAGCUCCUACUGCCAAGCUUAAAAAGACUCUCCAACAUUGUACUGGAUGGCAGUGUGUUCCACGGCCAGCUGAUACAGUAUAGACUGCAUUGUAAAGUUGGAUGAAGUAUAUUUGUGCACUUUAAGUAAUUUUCUUCUUGGUCCUUCAGAAUCUCAAAUCUCGGUUGAAAGUGUGUCUGUAUAGGAUAUAUAGCAUAACAUGUCUUUAACAAAAUCAAAAUAGUUUUGUUAAAGGGUGUGUGUUGUCCCCGUCCUAUGUAUUCCCUGUCAAAAAAAAAAAAAUGUUGUGCUUGAGUAUGGUGUGGUGAUGUUUACCAUCUUUUAGGUGUCUCCACGCAUAGGGGUUGGUCCUUCAGGAUUUUACAUCACUUGUGAAAAGUGUUUAGCGUGUCUUGACAAAAUUAUCAUGAUUUUGUCAAAAAUAAUGUAUUAUCCUUAUUGUGUGUGUUCCAUGUAAUGAUAAUAAGGCUUAUUGGCUAAAUAAAUCCAAUCCUUGAUGUCGGUUGUUGUAUA